CGUAGAUUGUACAGAUAUGAUGUCAUUGCCAUGGCGGAGGACGAGUUUGCCACAGUGUCCCAACUUGCAAACACUUUUCAGGACAGGAAGGUUGUUGAACUAGCACUAGGUGCAAAAGACAGGUUUUGUCAGCAAGGGGACUUGGAUAGCGCCGCAGAUGCUAUUCGGGUGACAGUCUCCGCCAAGUGCGCCCUUUUGGAAGAUGCUAUUCAAGUUGCCAAAGACGGUGUGUCCCUAUGUCAGCCUAAUGCCCGUGGCCGACAGCUUGGUACACAGAGAGCUGAAGCGAAGAUGUGGCUUGCGUUCGCUGAAGCAGUUGAGGGUAUGAACUUAGCUGAAUGUGUGUCAGAGGCGAUUGUGGCCGCAGAGAAAGCCCACAACUACUUCUCUUCGAACGGUGAUGACCGACUUCGUGUUGAAGUUUGCGCUGUUCUGACCCAGCUUCGUUUAUCCCGCGGUGAAAACAAGGACAUGGAACUGGCUCAGAAAUCUGCCGAGCUGGCAAUGGAAGUUUCAGAGACGAUGAAUGUUCGAUGCAGAGGAAGAGCCCUUUUGGCCCGGGGUGCUGUUGCAUUUCCCAACUGGCAGCCGUACGCGGAAAAAGCGCUUGAACUUGCAUUGGAUUUAGAGGAUCUUUUGCUGGAAGUUGAAGUGAGAUUGUCAAUGGCCCGUUGGUGGGCCCACGUGGAGGAGCAUGAGUCCAGCUUGGGUCAGGCUAACGAAGCAUUGGACAUGCUGCAAGAGCAGGGUGCUGGUUGUCAUCGUCAAAUUGCUGCGACACAACUGGCCUGCAAUGCGCUUGUGGAACUUGGGGCUGCGGACCAGGGUGGGAACAGGCCACAAUUUGCCAAAGCUUUGCGACUAUCCCAGGAGUUGCUCAGGCUUGCCGAAAUGGAAGGGUCAGAGGUGGUGCGCAUUUUAGCCUCAAGGCACCUCAUACAGACUCAGAUUGCUUGUUCCGAAGCUCGCAAGGCCAUUGAGACAGGGAAAGAAACCUUACAAUGGUGCUUGAAAAGGAAGCCUUCUCGUGACUACCACUGUGAAGCGCAAAUUCUACAAACCAUUUUGCAGGCACAAGCUCAACUGCCGAAUGGAAGCCAGACCGAAGAGAUCGAACAUACAUGUGGCCUAUCACUUGCAAUGAUUCAGCAGCUUGUUUGCAGUGACGCUGGUCGCAGCCAAGCGGUUGAGUUGAUGAUUCAAGUCUUGAAAUCCUUCACCUUGCUUGGCAAGCCUUUGGAGGCUUGGGCAACAGCAUCCCAGCUGCGCGAGUUGGUUCGUGAUUCAACCUCUCAAGCGCCCUUAGUAGUAGCAAUGGCCAGGUCAAUGCAAGAAGCUGGCCGGUUGGAACAGAGUUGUGAACUUGGCCAAGAGGCUGCACGCUUAUUUGAGGACCAAUCCGAUGACCGGCAAGCUGCAUUCGCUCUAUCCCUGGUCGCCCAUGCACAACUGAAGAUGGGAAAGUUUAGCGUAAGCCGCCAAAACGCCAGAAGGGCCCGUCGCCGCUUCGGAGAGAUUGGAGACUGCGAAGAAGAAAUUCGCAUGAGAAUGGUGGUCGCGAAGGCUUGUUCAGCCAAAGACGAGCGUGGAAACAAGCAAACAAAAGAUGCUCUAAGGGAAGCUCAAGAAGCGACAAAGUUGGCAGUGGAGUUUGGAAAGCAUGAUCUCAUUGCAGAAAGCUUGGCAUUGUACGUUGAGGUGCUUUUUGAGGCUAACCAGCUGGAAACCUGUUGUCAAGCUGCCGACGAACUUCUGCGACUGGAAGUUCCUGCUAGUUUUGAGCAUCAGAUCUCUGCACUAUUUCAUGCUGCAAAGGCUCAAGAAAAGAUGGCAAAUUUCUUGGCUGCCAAGACCUAUGCUGAGCGAGUGGUACAGCUUGCCCCAAAGGUCGCUGGCAAUGAACCCAAGGCAGUUGUGCAACAAUCAAGGGACAUGAUAUCUGGGCUGCGGAAGAAGUCCCUUUUUGAUCAUUCGAAAGCUCCACUCAUUGCCUUGGACCAUCAGGACCAACAAGAGGAGCGUCCUCGGGGAGGUCAAGAUUCUGGCAUGGGGACCAAAUGUCCGCGCUGUGGCUACGACAGAGCUGAGGCUGGUGAUCCGCCUAUUUUGUGCAAGGCCUGUAAGACACACCUGCCAUGGCGCUGCAGAUUCUGCCCUGAUUGUGGUGCGAAGCAGAAGAAGGACAGCAGCUUCGCAGGGCCAUCGAGCCGUGGCCCUGCUGUCAAGGCAGGUUUUUUUCCCCUUCCAGACGAACACGCACCAUUGAAACUUCGCAUCCAAGAGCUCACUGGCAAGCUCCUUGGGAUAGACAGUGAAGAUGUGCAGGACGAUAUUCCGCUGAAAGAUAUUGGGCUUUCUAGCGGCGCAGCGGUCAUACUCAGAGACGAGCUGCAAAAUGAUGUCAAGGGCAUCCGAUUGCCUCCAACUCUAUUCUUCGACUAUCCCACUGUACAUGCAGUGGUUGGAUAUGUGACUGGGAAGCUGAGAUAAGCGUUCUUUGGUUCCUAGCAACUCUGUUGUGCGGUAUGCUAUUCCUGGCGCACGCGAGCAAGCAAAAA